AUGGAGACAUCAGCAAAUUUCAUUCCCCUCGGCGGAGUGGGUGAGACAUUCGAAUUUGAUCAACCGAUGAAGAAGCGCGAUGAGGGUUACAGAAAUAAGACGCUUUCCUCUGGAAAGCCAAAGGUUAUUGGGGCUACAAAAGAGGAUCGAGCACGAAUUGCGCGUGAAAUACGACAUGCGGCCAAGAAGGAGAAGAAGAAGUCCAAGUCCGAUGCGAAAAAGGCUAGAAAGUUGAAUGGUAUCAUGACCAGACGGGCUACUCGCAACCCAGAAAAAUACAACAAAAACAAAGAGAGGAAUCGUCUUCAUGCAAUCGAUGUCGAACGUUACAAGAUCCGCCUGAAUGCCGUUAAUCAAGCUCAAAAACUAGCCGCGGUCCAUGAUCCUAGUGGAGUAUCGUUCAAUGUGGGAGAAGUAGUUACGUUAGAGGACGGAACUGUGAAGAGUAAGAAGAGUUUGGACAGGAAACAAGAACUUGCCGAAGUAAAGAAGCCCGUUGAAAACGGAGAUGCUGCUGUACCAGAAGGCGUCAACCCGGCACGACUUGGGCUUCUUGAGGGAGAGAAAAAAUCGCACAUUUCGAAGACAGCCCUCAAGAAAAAGAAGAUGUACGAACCAAAACCCGUUCCGCCGAGACCGAUUAUUCCAGAGGGAAUUGCUUUACCGGAAGGAGAGGAGAAUUGGUUGGCAUUGUGGGAUUACUCGGAUGGACAAAUCGAGCAGAGACUGGCCAUGGCUAAGAGAGACUCUGGAAAUGCAAAGAGAGAUCUGAGAAGAAAACAGAGGGAAGAGGCUAGAUUCAGGAGAUUGAUGAAGGCGAAGAGAAGAACAGCACAGAAAAUGGGUGUUACUUUCGAUCCUCUCCAAGCGAAGAACGAGAUAUUAGGCGGUGAUGAUGACGACGACGACGACGACAAGGAUGACGAGGAAGCUUCUGAUUCCGAAGCUGAAGCCAAAUCUGACUCCGAUUCUGAUUCCGACUCGGACAGCGAUAACGAAGACGAAACUGAAGAAUCCAAGGCCAAGAAAGCAGAGGAGAAGAAACAGAAGCCUAAAUUCAACCUAGAUGAGGAACAACUAAACGCAAUUGUCAAGAGGGAAAUACAGCGCGUCAGGAAGGACACACGAAGACAAGAAAAAGCAAUGGGUGUGUAUGAAAAAGAACCCAAAGUUAUGACUGAAGUAGAAAGAGCUGCGUUGAAAGAGGCCCGUGUAAAGCGCAAAGCCGAGAAGAAAUUGCAGAACAAAGCGAAGAGGGAAGAAGAGGCGAAAUUGGGACUCGCAAGUUUGAAGGGAAAGCAAAAUAGAAAGGCGAGGAAGGAAUUGAGGAGAGCGGAGAAAGCAGCCAAGGCGGCUGGAGGGAAAGAAGCUGCCCCCGCGAAGGAGGAAAGCAAGGAGGAUGGCGAGAAAACUUUCGAUCUUUUAGGUAGCCUGGAGAUAGCAUUAGAUCAACCCGAGGAAACCAAAGAGGAGAAAAAGGCCCGCAGGAAGGCCGAAAAGGCCGAAAAAGCCGAAAAAGCCGCCAAGGCCGCUGUUGUCAUUGUCGAGGAACCAACCCCAGCAGUAGAAGAAACCAAAAAGCGCAAACGCUCCAAGGAAGAAAAAGAGUCCUCGAAGCGAAAGAAGUCAAAAGCAACUUCUUCGGAGCCAGCGGAGGGUGAAGUUGCAGCACAGUGGAACGUAGAUGCGUUGGAUGGUGAUGAGGAACGCAAGAGUAAGUUCCUAAGGUUACUGGGUGCAGGGAAGGGAGGAGCUGCUGGUGCCAAGGGAGCAGAGGCUAAGGGAAAGAAAGAUAUUGAAAAGGUCCAGAGCGAGUUGGAGAAACAGUAUGAUUAUGGUAUGAAGAUGAAGCAUGAUGGGGGUGCGAAGAGGAGAGGUUUGGGUGCUUAG